GAUGAAGAAUAAAAUCUGUGCAAAUUAAUAACGUUUUUGAGAUUUUAAAAUAUUUGAUUUAUAUGUACUUUUUAAAGUAUUCAAUGGCCUCAAAGGGUUAUAUAAAGUUUGGAUUUUGUCUUGUGCAGAAGUAUUCUGAGGCCAUCCGUUUAUUGCCUGGUUCUAGGGAUUAUCAAAAUGAGUCUCUCAGAAAACAUGACAAGAACCUUAUGGAGGGCUGCUGAUGCCAUUUGUUUCGAUGUCGAUUCCACCGUUUGCCAAGAUGAAGCCAUCGAUGAACUGGCAAAAUUUGCUGGAAAAGAGAAAGAAGUUGCUGAAAUGACCCAAAUAGCCAUGAGAGGAGGGAUGUCGUUUCGAGAUGCCCUGGCUCAGCGGUUAGAACUGAUACGACCAACUGGAGCGAUGCUUCAGGAGUAUCUGAGGAGUCAUCCACCUCACUUAACACCGGGCAUUAAAGAACUUAUAAGUAUCCUACACAACCGCCAGAUUCCCGUAUACCUAGUAUCUGGUGGAUUCCACGCAGUUAUCGAACCUGUAGCGGAAGAACUGAGCAUACCAAUGAAGAAUGUGUUUGCAAACAGGAUUAAAUUUUAUUUCGAUGGAACGUAUGCUGGCUUUGACGAAACGCAACCGACUUCAAACCAAGAUGGCAAAGCGCAAGUUGUCAACCACCUGAAACAAACGUAUGGAUACGAAAGAUUGGUUAUGGUUGGAGACGGAGCAACCGAUUUAGCUGCUUGCCCACCUGCUGAAGGUUUCAUUGGUUUCGGAGGUAACCAAGUCAGGGAAAGUGUUAAAAAAGAAGCAGCAUGGUUCGUCACAAGUUUCUAUGAACUGAUAGAAGAAUUAAACCGGAAUUAAAGAUUUUUAAUCUGUAUUUUAAGAAACAAAAACUACAUUAACACCGAGAAAAAC